AUGGAUGAGUCUCCCAUCAACCCAGGUGCGGCCCACGAGAAUGUCCCAAAUCUGUCUGGUCUAGACGGUGCAGCUGAUGUGGCUCAUAAUACAUCAGGAGCGCAAUCACCAGCAAAGAAGACUGAGCACACCCCUGGAUCCGACAACCCGAUGGAUGCUCCCGCUUCUCCCAAAUCCCGUGAACCAGAAGACGAAGAGAUGGGUGGUACUGAGACUGACGCGAAGCCCGACACUGAGGGCUUAGAGGAUGCUGCGGGUGAGUCGCAACCGCCUGCGGAGGGAACCGAUGGGCUUGAGGACGCUGUGGGCGAAGAACAUUCGGCACCAUCUAAGUCAUCACUGGAAGCCGCGGCGCGCGAACAACUUGUCACUCAAACACACGCCAUCAUCCUUCCCAGCUACGCGACCUGGUUCGAUAUGAACACCGUCAACUCGAUUGAGAAGAAAGCUCUCGCUGAGUUCUUCAAUGGCCGCAACCGCAGCAAGACGCCUGCUACAUACAAAGACUACCGUGAUUUUAUGAUCAACACGUAUCGAUUGAACCCCAUCGAAUACUUGACCGUCACUGCUUGCCGCCGCAAUCUUGCCGGUGAUGUUUGUGCUAUUAUGCGCGUUCAUUCAUUCCUUGAGCAGUGGGGUUUGAUCAAUUAUCAGGUUGACCCCCAGACACGGCCCUCCAAUAUCGGACCUCCAUUCACCGGCCACUUCCGCGUCAUCGCAGAUACCCCUCGGGGUCUCCAGCCAUUCCAGCCCGGUCCGGGUCAUGGCGUCACAUCAGGCAAGGCCCUUGCAGCCACUCAGCGCGCCGCUUCCUCCACCCCUGCAUCCAAAGACGACCUCAACCUCGAAUUGCGCCGCACCAUUUACGAUGAAAAAGGCAAGGAUGUCACCUCCACCGACGAUAAAGAGAAGCAGACCAAUGGUGAGGCAACCAACGGCUCGGACGUCGCUCAAGAACCCAAGAAGAAGGCACACUGCUUCUCUUGCGGGAUUGAGUGCUCCAAACUCCGUUUCCACUACGCCAAGUCGACUGCGACGUCAGCAAAUGCCAAUACACCAGACACCAAGUAUGAUUUGUGUCCCAACUGCUUCCUUCAAGGACGCAUGCCUGCCAGCCACAAUGCCUCGGACUUUGUUAAACUCGAGGAGAAGGCACACUCUCACAUUGCCGACAAGGAUGCUCCAUGGUCGGACUCGGAACUUAUCUUGUUGCUGGAAGGAUUGGAGAACUUUGACGAGAAUUGGGAGCAGAUCGCUAGUCAUGUCGGCACACGGUCUCGAGAAGAGUGCGUUAUGAAAUUCUUGCAGCUGGAGAUCGAGGACAAAUACGUCGAGGAUAUCCCUGUUUCACGAGUUGGUGGCGGACGCGAUCCCAUCAGCCAGUCUGAGAACCCCGUUCUCUCUGUUGUGGCGUUCCUAGCUCAGAUGGCUGAGCCUGCAGUGGCCGCUGCCGCUGCUGGCCGGUCUGUCGAAGAGAUCCGCAAGGAGCUUCGAAGCCAGCUGGAGAAGGGGUCAGACAAGGGCAAAGAUGCCGUCAAGGCCGAAGACAAUAUGGAUGUCGAUCCCGCGCGUGAGGCCGGACAGCAAGUUUCCACAAAGCCCAAGGAGUCUCUUGGCACAAUCGCUCUGGCUGCAGCUGCCGCGCGUGCCGGUGCUCUCGCCUCGCACGAGGAGCGUGAAAUGACCCGUCUGGUCUCCGCUGCAGUCAACGUCACCCUGCAGAAGUUCGAGUUGAAGCUGCAGCAGUUCAACGAAAUGGAGGAGAUUAUCGAGGCCGAGCGUCGGGAGUUGGAGCAGGCUCGUCAACAACUCUUCCUGGACCGUAUGACAUUCAAGAAGCGUGUUAAGGAGGCCCAGGAUGCGCUCCAGGCCGUUAGUCUGCAGGGCCCCAACGAGCACACAAACCAGUUGCUGGCUAGCGCUGCUACCACAGGCAUUGGCAACCACUACAGCUUCCAGCCUGUUGCGGGCGACUUGCGGGCUGGAACUCAGCCCCUGAGCGCUCAGGGUGGCGCCGACUACAAGACUCUUGAUCUUUAG